GGUAACACAACCAAUGUGGUUGACGAAAUGAUGUAGUAAUAAAAUUUAGAUUUUUGUUUGUUUUAAAAUAUUUACUGAAGUAAAGCAAAAACAAAAGUAUGAAUCGUUCAGACAUGAAGAAGAAAACAAAUAUAAAGCAACAAUUUAGUAUUGCAAGAACAAGCAGCCAUGGAAUAAGUUUUGGUAGUCAACGAAGUCAUAAAGGACGAGGCUCAUACAGUAAAUUAGGUGGAGCUUCUGGCAGUAAAUGGAAUGUUCAUGAAAAAAUGCAUCAAAAGCAACCAAUUGUGGUUCUUGAUGAUAUGGGAAAUGAUGUAACUCCUCAAAGUCUUUUAACUUUUGAUAUAAAUACAGUGAAACGUGUCACUAGUAAUAAUGGUCUUUUUGGAAGCGAAUCUAUAGUUACGCCAUCAGACCUGAGCCAAUCAAUUUAUGCAGCCAGCAAUGCAAGUUUCCUUGGAGGCUUUUCAGGAAGAUCUGUGAUGGGUAGUGUCACUGUAUCUGGAUGGUCAUCUCCUGAAGUAAUAAGUGAAGACUUACACACAGAAGCUAACAGCAAGAUUGGUUAUGACACAAGACUUGUUGAAAUUGAAAGAAGAUAUUCUCAUAUAAAGGAAGACCUUACUACAUUUGACCUAGACCAAAUGGUACAUUUGUAUCUAGAUGAAACAGACACUAUAUGGUUGUUAGAUAUUCCUGGAACUAGUGUUAAUGAUGAAAGUGAUAUUGCGACAACUGUUAAAGAUUUAAAUAAACGCUAUACUGAGGUUUUAAAAACUCGCCCUGGAAAUGAUAGUUUUGUUGAGCGUGGAAUGCAGACAUUUAAUAAUGACGUGAAGAACAAAGAAAUUCAAACAUUACCUAUUUUAAAAAGUGAUGUUGCGUGCAUGGCAACAUCAUGGGAUAUGUAUGACGUGUAUAGUGAACUAUUCAAUGAAAAUCAAGAAGACAAUGUCGAAGAUCACGUGAGUCUUAGUCGACCAACCAGUGCUGAGAAAAAUGUUGUAACUGACUUCGACGACGAAACUGCGUCACCUGCCGUUCAGACAGGCAGUGCUUUCUCUGGAAGCAUGCUCAGUGGUAGUCAAGUUAGUAUAUUAACAAAACUAUCUGAAGACGAGGCUUUGAGUAAGGAUGAGAAAAAUAAAGAAGUGGAAAAUGACGUUAUUAAUGAUCCUAAUCAUCCUAUACUUCAGUGUAAAGCCUUGAAGAAUGAUUUGUUUACAAUGGAAAGAAUUAUUUCAUUAAAUACCUUCCAAGACCGUCAAGCACGUUAUCGUGGUCUACAGCUUAUUUCACGUAUAAAAAAUGAUGUGUUGGAAAGUGAUUUGGAAAAAGUUUCUUCACCAAGUGCCAGCCUUAGUGAUCUCAGUCCAAACCUAGAUAAAUUAUGGACAUACGCUUGUUCAAUAACGAAAGGCAGAAAUGUUAGUUGUAUGGCGUGGAAUCCUCGAAAUCCGGACAUUUUGGCUGUUGCAUAUGGAGAGUUUAAUUUUUCAAAUCAAAAAAACGGAAUUGCAUGUUGUUGGUCGUUAAAAAAUCCAGAGUAUCCUGAAAGAGUGUAUCAUUUUGAAAGUGGUGUUAUGACACUAUCAUUUUCUCGACUACAACCAAAUUUACUUGCAUUUGGUUUAUACGAUGGCACCAUUGCAAUUUACAAUGUCCAAAUUGUUACAGACUCUCCUGUUCUUGAUAGUCUUGAAAGUGAGGGCAAGCAUAUCGCUCCAGUUUGGCAUUUAAAAUGGAUCGUGCGAGAUCAGAAUAAUGACAACGACAAAGACGAAAUACUUGUUUCUGUAGCUGCAGAUGGUCGGGUAACAAAUUGGUCUAUAAGAAAAGGUUUUGAAUGUUCAGACCUGAUGAAAUUAAAACGCAUUAAUGUACAACGACAGCGAAAGAAAUCUGCUGCUCAUCAUAAAAAAUCUGAUGCUUUAAUAUCACGUUUUGCUGCUGGAUUUUGUUUCGACUUUCACCCAAUUGAGAGAAACAUGUACAUCAUUGGUACUGAAGAAGGUCAUAUUCACAAAUGUUCUUGUUCUUAUAAUGAACAAUAUCUUCAAUCAUAUGUCGGUCAUACGGGUCCAGUUUACCAAUUAAAAUGGUCACCAUUUUUGUCUGACGUUUUCCUCAGUUGCAGUGCUGACUGGAGUGUAAAACUUUGGCAUCAAGAUUCAGCUUCGCCUAUUUACAGUUUUAAUUCAAUUACGAAUUCAGUAAAUAGUAUAUGUUGGUCUCCUAGAUCGUCUACAGUUUUUGGUUGUGUUCAUGAAGAAACAAUUGAAGUUUGGGAUAUGCGACAGAGCACUUUGGAUCCAUUGAUCAUCAAGACACCAUUAAAUGAAGUUAAAUUUUCUUCAAUUACUUUUUCUAUAAAUUCCAACAGUAUUCUGGUCGGUGAUUCUGAUGGUCAGAUAAAUAUUUAUUUACUUUCUGGGAUUAAAAAUGCGUUUACUGAGGAAAAUGAUCUUGCCUCAAUCAUUAGACCCAAUGUGGCCAAACAAAUUACUCCACGUCGUUAGAUUUUUUAAAAAACGUUUUAUUUAUUAUGUUUCUUGUUAAAUAUAUCAUUGAUUUAAGUACAUGUAUUGUUAUUGAAAAAUUUUCUGUUUUUAAAUGAUUUUGCAAAUUGCUUCAAAUGUUACAUUUACUGUAUGGAAUAUCUCAUGUAAAUAACUUUAACAUUUUACUAGAAAUUAUUAUAAAUGACUUUUUUCUGGCUUUUCCAACAUUUUA